CCUCCCGCAGCGGCGCAGUGAAGGAGCGGCGACGGAGGGCUAACAAAAGCAGCACUUUGACUUCAUUUUCAUAGAUUUCAAAUCAACCUUUCUCAUACAGUUAUGGCAGCAAUCAGGAAAAAGCUGGUCAUAGUGGGAGAUGGAGCAUGUGGGAAGACCUGUCUGCUCAUCGUGUUCAGUAAGGACCAGUUUCCAGAGGUCUACGUCCCCACAGUGUUCGAGAACUACGUCGCCGACAUUGAAGUUGACAGCAAACAGGUGGAGUUGGCGCUCUGGGAUACAGCGGGUCAAGAGGACUAUGACAGACUGCGCCCGCUCUCUUAUCCAGACACUGAUGUCAUUCUCAUGUGCUUCUCCAUUGACAGCCCUGACAGUCUUGAGAACAUCCCUGAGAAGUGGACCCCAGAGGUCAAACACUUCUGCCCUAAUGUUCCCAUCAUUUUGGUUGGAAAUAAAAAGGACCUGCGUAACGACGAGCACACCCGGAGAGAACUUGCCAAAAUGAAGCAGGAACCUGUGAAGCCCGAGGACGGACGAGACAUGGCGAACAGGAUCAGUGCCUUUGGAUACAUGGAGUGCUCCGCAAAGACAAAGGAUGGCGUGAGGGAAGUGUUCGAGAUGGCCACCAGGGCUGCGCUACAGGCCAGACGGGGAAAGAAGAGCAGUAAAUGCGCCCUUCUGUAAGAGGGGGGGCACGAGGACUGCUUCCUUAUGGGGGAAAAGAAGGAGAAAUAGGUCAAACCUACCCCCACACACACCCAUACAAAAGACUGUUCUCCCCAGUUUUUACUCAAGGUGUAACGCUUUUACUUUACUUUUCUUUUUCUUUUUUUUUUUUUUUUGUCUUAAACAAAGAUAGUCAGGUUCUGUCAGUAUUCAAAUUUGAAGUUCUGGAAAAUACUUUUUUGUACUUUAACAUAAGUAAUUUUGCCAUAAUCGAACCUUCUUUAUCAACACGUUCUAACGGGAAAAUCAGCCAGGGGACCCACUGUGUCAAACCUGCCAGCUACUGUUAAGUGCUUAAGCCCUGCCUGCUGAUCUGAGGAAUGUUUCCACAGCCAACGAGGGUGAAGUACCUGCUCACUGUGACCCGUCGCGCCCCCCCCUUCAAUUGUUUCAACCAGCUGAUGCACACAGGAGGUCUAAAUUGUUUUGUGCGCUUCAUAUACCAAUCAUAUGUGCAUCAUGAUCACAUGCACAGUAUGAGGCUGGAACGCAUUUUGUUAAAACACGCAAAUGGAAACUUAGUGUUUUGUGUAAUAAAUUACUUUGUAAGAAUCUUG